CCAUAUAAAUAGAGCAGUUCUGCUGCAUGGGGACUAGGCAACAACACUGCCUGGCUGGAGGGCUGCUAGUAUCAUUUGGAGCUUGGGCCACUGACCCCUAAACCCCAGGUUCAUUCUAAUGUGAAUCCACUGCUGAAUGUUACUGAAGAGCAGUGUAAGAGUAAAUGUGGUAGAUGGGAGGCAAGUUUUUGCUGCAGUCACAUACACAUGCACUGAAACCCUGAAGACAGCUUGGGAAGGAUGGACGACCUCAGUGAGCUGGAGGCCUGUACUGAGUGUGGAGAAAGGAAAUAUGGUGACAUCAUUUUUCAUAAACUCUACUGCUAUGACCUCUACAUCCCUUCAGCAACUCCACCACAAAAUAAGAAGCAAACUGACGUAGACAAUUUCAUUGAUGAAAAGAUUGUGACAGUUCUGGAGAAGAAUGGCUUUCUCUGCUACCAUGGUUACAGGAAUUUCACUGGAGGAGAAAUGAUCAUACAGGCCAUAAGCAAACCCAUGAAGAUUAUCCCAGUAACUCUUAUACCAAUCUAUAAAGACCAUGAUUUCUUAAAACUUCAAGAUAUGCUUAUAACACCAGCAAUGUUGAAGAGAAUUGUGCUGCUUUUGUUUGAUGCUACUCAGACUGAACCUGUUCUCUUGCAAUGUUGUUACUCAAUAGACAUAAAUGACCCCCAGCUUUUACCCAAAAUAAUAAAAACCAUUGAACAUCAUAGGACACAAAUCCCAGUGAACAGAAGAAAAGAGAUAGCUCUGGGGGAAGGGGACACAGAGUCUACUUCAUCCUCGUCCCUUUUUAUAGGCAGAGAAUCCCCUUUUGAGAGGUCAGCUAGAUCAAGGAUAUCCUUCAGGCCAUCAGGGAAAUGCCAGGGCACCAGUUACCAGAAGAGUUACUUAUCCUGGCCACAGAGAUACAAGGCGCUCUCACACAGAGAAAUCAAAGACAUCUUGAAAGAUGUGUCCUGCUUGCCAUUUCGUGAUCAAGUGGGUUGUUUGCUAAACUACUGUGAAGAUGCUACAGAAGGGGUCAGAGCACAUGUCUGCCGAGCACUGAUCAGGACCAUGAGGAAAAACAUUUUGACUUUCUCUGGGAUGGCAGACUUGGAAGAGUUUGAGCAGACAGUAGGAAUGCUUCUCCAAAACAACAAACUCGGCUCUCACCUGGAGCCUUGCCUUCAGCUGGAGAAGCUCUACUGUUGGACCCUGGCUGUGAUUUUCAUCAACAUCUCCAUGGUGUACAAUGUGAGGCUGAGGGCUAAGCUGCGGGCUCUGACUUUUACAAAACAAAACAUCCCCUCAGAGGAGAGAAAUUAUGAGUAUCUCUGCUGUAAUGCCUACCAGAAAAUCAACACUGCAAUCUGCACUGCAGCUAAGAAACCUAAAGCCUGGCCAAAUUUCAUGGCGAUGUAUGUGAAGCACCUGAAACACUUCCUGCGGAUACUGGAGCAGAGAGUGUCUUUCACAAAUGAGAGAGUUCUGCAGUUUCAUUGCAUCCAGAAACAGCUGCAGAGGAUCCCCUGGGUGGUAAGACACAUCUUCAUCCUGGUUAUCACUGAGAAGGUUUUUGAAGAAAAGCUUCUUGAGAUUGGCCAUUUGUUCCUCUUUAAUGUCUGCACAAAGAUGGGGAAAAAGCACUGGGAGAUUUCCCUGGAAAUAAUUGAACGUGUUACUGAACAUAUCCAAGAGAGCCAUACUCCAGGAUCAGUAACGGAAUGUCUGAAAUGUCUCAUAAGCCUGUGGGAAUGGUGUGUGAGUGCUGACACCAAAGGAAAGAAAUGUUGGAUGAUGACAAUCCUAAAUCAUUGCUUCCAAAAACUAAUCUACCAUUCAUUAAGUGAGGUUAGAAAUUGUAUUGCACCUCUGCUUUUCAGUGAAGGUGAUACCUAUGUCAACAUUACAGAGCUGGGAAACAACCUGAUCCCAGCCAGUCCCAAACUCAUGGAACCAGCUGUCCAAGAAUAUCUGAAGGUUACCUUCCCAGAUCUAAUCAUCAGGGGACAACUGCAAGCCCAUUCCAGUUGCAUGAUAGCCCAAGGAACUGUAUCUACUGGAAAUGUACUGAUCUGCAUGGCUAAACAGCAGACUCUGAAUGACAUCCUGCAGUCUAACUCUACUGAGAGCGACAAUGAAAGAUUUCAAGAGGUGAUCAGAAUAGUGAAGCUGUGUCAAGUCAGCAAUUCCAUUGCCAGCCUGAAAAAGUUCAGUUCCUGCAGUGUGCCUCCAUUUUAUAUGUUGGAAGAUGGGAAACCUCUUUUGACUUUCUUGCAGGAGGAGAGGAAUGGGCUCACACUGUCCAGUAUGGUAGGAAUAUUGAAAGACAUUGCCACAGCUGUCUGGUCUUGCCACCAGAGAAGGGUCCUACUUUGUGACAUAACUCCAGCCAGUUUCGUUGUGUUCACGGAAAAGGGAGGUGAAGGUGGAUCUCUUCAAAUCCAGACAAAGCUGUCAAAUUUCUUCAGUGCGAAGAUGACUCCUCAGGAAGAAGACGGAGAUUACAGAGAUGAUUGUCCAUAUGAAACCAUUAAGCCCUUGCAGCUCACAGGAGAUAGCGAAGAACCUCUGUCUGUGUAUUUCAGCGCUCCUGAGUCCUUGACACAUCACAUCUUCUCCACCUUCUCUGAUACAUGGAUGGUAGCUGCUACGUUUUAUUCAGUUCUCCUUUAUGGGGCACAAACCUACUUUGAGCUCAGCCACCUGCCUGUUUCCAAAUUCAUAGAUGAGAUCUGCAAAGGACACCAAGCUCAAAGACCAGAUUCCAUACCACUGAAGCUAUGGGAAGUAAUAGCAGCUAACUUGCUUCAUCUUGACAUAGAGCGCAUGUCCAUGGACGUAUUGUUAGAGCAUCUGGAAAACUACAAGAGCUCCUUGGGGCCAGAUCUGAAUAGGCUGCAUGAGGUAAAGAGUGGAUUCUCUCCCAUCUGUGCUGAGGAUAUUAAAAGGGGCUGCUUUGAUAGCAAAGGAAGCUUCAAAGAGUGGGAUGCACCAAAUAGAUUUCUGAGCACAUGUCAAGAUAUUACUGAACAGAAGGAGGGCUGCCUUCAUGAGCUGGUAUCAUUCAAAAUGAACCAUAUGACCAGGAUGACCUUAUGCAUGUUAGAUCACAGGAACUUGCUAUCUGUAAAGGAAAUCUUGAACUGCUUCCCUGCAACCAAGCUGAUCUCCAGGUCUCUUGGUGACUAUACUGAGUCCUUAGACCAGGUGGCUUGUAACAUGGAUCAUGGCAAACUUCUCUCCUGCCUGGAGCAGGUUGCUUCUGCUAUGAUGUACCUUCAUUCCAGCAAGAUCAUACACUGUGAUCUGCGAUGCAGUUAUAUUUAUGUUAAUUGUGGUCCCAGUUUCUCUGAGGUGGUGGCAAAAGUUGGUCGUUUGGGAAGAGCAGUCUGUCUGCCAGAUACCGGGUCUGAAGGCAACCUCUUUGUCCCCUAUGUGCGCAAAGUCAUGCCCAUUGACGCUGCAAAAUGGGCUGCCCCAGAAGUGAGAAAUGGUGGACUGUAUUCCCGGGCAUCUGAUGUUUUCACCUUUGGGCUUGUGGUCUGGGAAGCAUUAACAACACGUUUUACCAAUUUGCAUAUGUUCAAGCUGUUGAAGCCUUUCCACUUACUAAACAGCAAGGAGGUUUUGAAAUUUACAGAGGAAAUUCUGAAAUUUACAGACGUAGAAAAUAUCAGUGAUAAGGAAUUGGAAAAGGUUACUCCAUUAAUUCUGUGUAUGAAAGCCUGCUGGAAUUCUAACCCAACCAGAAGACACCCCUUCUCCUCCAUUUUAGAGCUGGUAAUGGAAGCAAAAGAUGCCUACAGGGUGUCCGAUGACUUAUACUACAACACCACAUCUGUGCCUUCGGUUGCAAAUGAGGACACAUACGACUCAGUUUACUUCAGGAGUGAAACACCAAAGGAGGAUGUAUACAGCUGUAUCUCCGACCCUGACCCUGCUGAUGGUCAUGCCAAUGACAACUUUUCAGUCUAUGAUGAUGUGGCUGGACCUGAACCCUUAGAAGGGAGUUCACUUUAUUUCUCUAAGAAAGAGAAGUGGGGAGAAGUUGUUAGUGAAUUUGAGACAGGAAAAGGAAUAGAGAGGAGUCCAGUCUCUUUUUAUAACUCCAAACAAGCCAGUAUGUAUGCUGAUACUGGCAUUAAUUGGAAGAAGAAAUUGAAAAGUGGGAAAAGCAGGAUGUUAUAAUUCUGUGCCAAGUGGGUGACUUGUGGUUGCAAAAAUGAUAGUGAUGGAAAGGCUGAGCAGAACACCAGUCUCUCCAUAAUGUUGCUUAAUAUACUAGUCCAGGGUUCAGCAACCACUGUCAUGCAUGCCAGAGCAUGGCACAUGAGGCCAUUUUGCUCUGCACGCCACAGCUGGUCUGCACUUGGGGCAGCUGCUGCCAGCCACUGAGCCGGGGCUGCUCACAGAAGGUGGCAGGGAGGCUGCAAGCCCUGCUGUGAACAGCCUGGGCUCCAUGGCAAGGAGCAGUUGCCCAGAGCCCAAGCCAGGUGUGGGAGGCAGCCAUGAACCUUUAAGGAGCUGCACUGGGAUCCUGAGUCCCAGCCUGGCUUGUUGCCAUGUGCACCUCGGGGACCACUGUGGGGAAGGGGCCAGAGCUGCACUCCACUGGCAGGGGCUGUGCACCUGCAAAACCUGGCAUCCCUGCAGGGGGAAGGAGGGGAGCGGAGAGGUGGACGGUCAGGGGGGACAUCCCUGUCUCCAUCCCACUGGGCCCAGUUGCAAAGGGCAGGGCAAGCUGCAUGAGCGCAGCAGCCUCAGGCAGGAGGUUUCCUGCGAGGUGGCCCCAGGCCCUGCUGCCCCUGUCUGUGUCUUCUCUCCCUGCAGAGUUUGUCUGUGCUGAGGGUGGUCAAGGGACCUGCACAUCAGGCCUGAGCCAUGGCCUUGGAGAUGGAGUGGGGCAGCCCUUGGCUUGGCUGCUGGGCUGGGGGAAGGUGUUUGUGGGUGGGAGCUGUGCCACAGGGGUGGCUGCCACGGGCGGUUCUAGGGGGGUUCCUCCUCCUACGCCUAAGUGCCAGUGGGUUAGGAUGAGCCAUGCUGCCAAUCCCAGACCCUGCUCCCACCCCACCCCUGCUCCUGCUCCUACUGUGCUAAGCCAUGAGCCUGGAGCUGGGAUUCAGGAGCCAGGCCACUGCUGAUGUGUAGCACAGACCUCAGACUUGGCUCUUGACCCUGUUGUGAUCUUGAGGGUCCCGGCAGGGUUUGUGCUGCCCCUGUGCUGCAGCCAGCAUCCAGUUGGUCUGCAGCAGGGAAGGGGCAGACUCCCUGGUCUCUAUGCCCUGGCCCCUUGCCCACCAUGCUCCCUGGGAUAUGCCUGCAACCACUGCCAGCAAUGAGUGGGGCUGGGGCUCUGGACCCCCCAGGCAGCCACUUGCAGGCUCACGGUGGCCUGCUGUGAUCAGUCUGGGCUCCCAGGCAGGAGGCAGGGGCCUGCCCAGAGCCUGGGCUGAUUGCAGCAGGCAGCUGUGAGGCUGCAGGUGCCUGCACCAGGGUCCGGAGCCCUGGCCCAGCUUGUUUCUGGCAGUGGCUGCCUGCGUGCCUCUGGGAGCAUGGUGGGGAAGGGGCCAGGGCUGUGCUGCUGUGACAAAGAUUGGACCCCUUGCAGCUCCCCUGCUUACCACCCCUGGCAUGCCAACAUCUUUGAAGUCCAGGUUGCAGGGGGUUUUGGCACUCAGCCCACAAACAUUGCAGACACCUGUACUAAUGUUUAGUCCUAUAAAUAUUCACCAAGUUUGCUGGGCAGUAGGGGGCACCCACCUCCCAUCACAUAUUAUAUGUCAGAGGGAUGAAGCAGCAGGGGUCUGUAGCCUCUCCCAAAAUCAUUUAAUACAGCAGGGCCUCAUAAAAAUCAGUUAAAUAUCCACGGCCUCCCAUUCCUUUCAUUUGACCUUGACCUUGAGCAAAUAUACCAUACAAUGGAAACACUAUCAGUCCAACUGGACUUGUAAGAAUCCUGCUGCAGCUCUUUCAAAGGCUUUCUUUACACCUGUGUUGCUUUACAAUGUGUAAGAGGCCUGGGAGGCACCUGUUCUGACCAGCAAUUUAGAAAUAUCCAACACACCAAUAGUAAUAACCGUGGGCAAUUAUUUGUAAACAUGAAAUGAGAUUAAAUGGAUGUAAUGAAAAUCUGUGAAUUGUA